AUGCCUCCCUCAGAGGGUGCCUUGGGGAACCGAGAACCCGGCGAGCGAAGAGCUCAGCGGGCACCUCCAGGGGCCGACAACCCAGCCACCCCUGAAGGACAGCGGCUGGACCACAGGCUGCGCUGGCAGGGAAGUCCGGCCUUGGGCCGCUCCUUCGUGGAUGGACUGGAGCUGGACGACGGCGGGCAACUGCGUGUCCGGCGCGGCGGAGUCUACAGGCUGCACAUCCAAGUGACGCUGGCCAACUGCUCCUCCUCCACGCGGGCCGCCCGGCCUCCCAGGGCCACGCUGACGGUGGGCAUCUGCUCCCCGGCCGCCCACAGCAUCAGCCUGCUGAGGCUCAGCUUCCACGGAGGCUGCGUGGCCGCCUCCCAGCGCUUGACGCCGUUGGCUCGCGGGGACACGCUGUGCACCAACCUCACGCUGCCUCUGCUGCCCUCCGCAAAUGCUGAUGAGACCUUUUUUGGGGUUCAGCUGGUGCACCCCUGA